CGCAGGGCGGGCAGGUUUGGAUUUGGAUCCCCAGCGGGGGUUCCAAAGAAUGAGGACCCAAUGAGGGGUUCAUUCACGCGCAACUUUCCCGCCUGCUACACUGAGGUGCGUUUUGCUGCAACGACAGACUUUUGUGAUUGCGAUCCUUUUGGUUUUGGCAUCACCCAUAUCUCAUCCUGCCAAGUCUUGCUUAUCCUUGGUCUAGAACUUGGUAUAACACGGCAAGACAAAAAAAGUGGUUCGUCCUUCUUUUCUUGCGUGCGUGUUUUUGUCUUUCUCCCUUUCUUUGGUGCCCGCGUGAGUGGGUGUUCGUGUUGUGGCACAUGCACAGCUCAGAAACCGGACUAGCAAGCGCCAAACGAGGAACAAGGCAGGCUAGGAUAGAGUCAGGCCGGCGCAGAUGAGGAGGUAGACAAAUCGGUAUGGGGGUGGAUGAAUGGAGCCUGACCACCAUCAACUCCCGCCCGGACAUUCAUCUUUAAAACCAAAAGGGCAUGACUGUGGGCAGCGGAUGACUGCCGACGGGAUUUCCUCUUUCUUCUUUCAUGUCCUCUAUGGCAUCUUGAGACCUUUGCAUUUAUACCCAGUUCUCCCUCAUCUCUCCCCGUCCUUUCACACAAUCCCAACGCAGAAACGCAACUCCGGCUGGACCAAAGAAUCAUGUCUCUCCGACCGUUAAUAUCCCGUCACCAAUACGUCCGGCAUGAAAAGUCACAGUCGAGGUCUCGUUUCGAGGCCAAGUUCUCGUCUUGGAAGAGGGCUUGCCGUCGACACCUGCCGUCACGGAGGAGGUGCACAAACCCAAACUGUGUCUGGCACACGCUAUUAAAUCUCUUGGGGAUGUUAUUUUCGAUGCUGGAGCAGCUUGUCAGUCGCUCCAGGUACCAUUAAUCGACAGGCGGAUACAAAAAGAAGAAAAGGGAAAAUAAAAGGAAUGGAUGAACAACACCAAAAGCUGGCCGAAAUAUAUCCUUUCCUAAGUUCUAGAAACCGUCGACAUACGACCGAUCAGAUCGCCAAAGAUCGCAAAUUUGUAUGGCUGGCCAUCCAUCCCGAUUUAGCGAAUCAAGGAGACGUUGGUCAAUUUGACGUAUUGCAACGUCAUGAACCAGUCUCCGAAGGGUCCGGAAAAUCAUUUACAUCAUGCGAACCUACCUACCUAUAUAAGCACCUUGGCACAAACUCUGAUCAACGACAUCUAUUCAUCCCAUAUUUCGUCGACUAUACAUAAAUCUCAUCUCGACUGUCUUGGACCGCAAAAUAUUCAUUUCAAUUUCUCAUCGCCCACCUUGAACCCCUCACAACAGUUGUAUGUACUGUUGAAUCUCCCCGCAGACCAAGCCCCCUUCAAUUUUCUACCUGCAUAUCCAUCCAAUCAACCACCAAGAACCAAGACAUGACAAACGUGGACACCAGCAUCCUCGACCACGCGACCGGCCGCGCAGCCGAGCUCGCCAAGGCCCACUCGGCCGAGCAACCACUCAAGCUCUACGCGGGCUGGUUCUGCCCGUUUGUGCAGCGGUCGUGGAUCGUGCUCGAGGAGAAGCGCAUCCCGUAUCAGUACAUCGAGAUCAACCCGUACCACAAGUCGCCCGACUUCCUAGCCCUCAACCCGCGCGGGCUCGUCCCGACCCUGGCCGUGCCUCAUGCCACCACCAGCACAGGCGACAAGCAGCAGACCAAGCCCCUGUACGAGAGCACCAUCAUCGACGAGUACCUGGACGAGGCCUACGCCGACCAGUCCGCCCACGGCCCGCCCCUCCUGCCCGGUGACCCUUACCAGCGCGCGCGCUGCCGCAUCUGGAUCGAACACUGCGGCAAGAUCGUGGCCGGCUUCUACAAGGUCCUGCAGCACACGCCCGGCAAGUCGACCUACGGCGCCGAGGAGGCGCGCGAGGCGUUUUGCGGGCCCAUCAAGACGUUGGUGGAGCACAUGGCCGUCGACGGCGGGCCGUGGUUCCUCGGCGCCGAGUUUAGCCUCGUCGACGUGACGCUGGCGCCGUUUGCGCGCAGGCUGUGGCUGCUGGACCACUACAAGCCAAACUGGGGCGGAAUGCCCGACGGCGACGACGACGACAAGAGGAUCGCGCAGAGGUGGAAGGUCUGGGUCGACGCUUGCCUGGCUAGGGAGAGCGUCGUCGCGACGUCGAGUGACGACGCGGCUUAUAUUGAUGUUUAUCGCCGCUAUGCGGAGGAUAGGACGAACUCAAAGGUUGCGCAGGCGACUCGGACGGGGGAUAAGCUGCCGUGAGGUACGGGUUUUCUUUUUGGGGGGCCAACACGUUGAUCAUCGUGUGACCCCUUGGUAUCUUGGGUUGAUAGUAAUGGGCAAAAUGUGAGGGGCGUUUUGAUCAGGGGUUAAAAUAUAUAAAUCCAAUAUUAUUUUCUCAUGGAAAACGGUAGGAGGGUGGAACAUAAAGCCGUUAUCGACAUAAAACAAACUUAUCAAUGAAAAAAGCGUACAUAUAUAGGUUAUUUAUUAUACAUGCAGGUUAACAAACAGCGAAGCCUCAACGAGCAUCAAAGACAUGUUGCACAAAGAAAGCCAUUUGGCGCGGACGCUGUACCAUUGGGGUU